AUGACCGGACAUGUCGUAAAGCUUGACCUCCACUACCCUUACCCAUAUGACGGACGUCGUCCUGAUAAAAGUGAGGUAAGUCCUUCACUACACUUGGGACAUCUGAAUUAUUUGGAUUUGAGCAUGAACAAUUUUAGUGGUGCCCCAAUCCCUGACUUCAUUGGAUCUCUUGCCAAGUUGGAGUAUCUAAUCCUCUCUAAUGCUGGGUUUGGUGGAACAAUCCCUCACCAACUCGGGAACCUCUCAAACUUGCUCUAUCUUGAUCUCGCUUCAAACCUUCACUACUCUUCGGAUGUUGACAAUCUUGGCUGGUUACCAUCGAUCCGUUUCCUGCAGCAUCUUGACAUGAGUAAUGUCAACCUCUCAAAAGCAUCCAACUGGAUUCAUGUGAUCAAUAUGCUCCCUUCUCUUUCUGUCUUGCGUCUGUUUCGUGCUACUCUUCCUAGCCUUCCCUCUACACUACCCCAUGUUAAUUUGCAACAGAACAAUCUUAGCGGUCCUUUGCCCAAUCAGAUUGGAGCACUCCAAAGUUUGGGCUAUCUUGAUCUUGGUUUAAAUUUAUUGGAUGGUUCAAUUCCUGCAUCACUGGGGAAGUUAUCUGCCCUAUAUUAUCUGAAUCUCGCAGCAAAUUCCUUGGCAGGUGCACUGACUGAAGCCCACUUCGCCAACCUCACAAGCUUAUCAAGUUUGGAUCUGUCUUAUAACUUAUUGACAGUAAAUUGCAAGCUGCUGACUACUAUUGAUCUUGGCAAUAAUAAGUUGUCAGGUAGAAUACCUGAAUGGAUUGGAGGGAGCCUCUUAUCAUUAAGGGUUCUCCGUCCGCGAUCAAAUAUGUUAGAUGGUAAUAUUCCUUGGCAACUGUCACUCCUUUCUUCUCUUCAGGUGUUGGAUCUUGCUGAUAACAAGCUUUCUGGAACUUUGCCACUAUCAUUUGGUAAUUUCAUAGCCAUGAUUAUGAUACAAAAUGGGGGCAAACUUGCUCUUUUUGAAAAUAUGGCCUCCUAUUACAUUGAAAAUAUCCAGAUAAACACGAAAGGUUCGGAACUCAUGUUCACUAGUGUGUUCUCACUUGUGACAAGCUUAGACCUCUCCGACAACAAUAUUUUUGGGGAGAUUCCUGAGGAGUUGACAAACUUUCAUGGGCUUCAUUCCUUGAACUUAUCGGGGAAUCAUUUGACAGAAAGGAUUCCGAUCAAUAUUGGUGCCAUGGGGCAAUUGGAGCCACUUGAUCUGUCGAUGAACAACCUAUCAAGCAUAAUUCCUACAAGCAUCGCAUAUUUGAAUUUUUUGGAGCACCUGAAUUUGCCCUACAACAAUCUAUCAAGAAGGAUUCCAUCUGGCAACCAACUCCAAAUCUUGAAUGAUCCAUCCAUCUACAUUAGCAAUCAAUAUCUUUGUGGACUGCCACUGCCAGAAAAAUACCCCGGCGAUGAACCUGCAGAAUGUCCAAUAGAAAAAAAAACAGGAUGA